GCCGCUGCCAAAAUUCCACGUCCGCGAUGAUCUCCCCCGUUUCUCCGUCUCCUGGUCGAGCGAAAGCCCUCCUCCUCCCUCGAUUCUUGCUUCGUCCCCUCGAUCGGAGGAAUCCAGAUCCAGGAACAUAGAUCGGUCGUAUUCCUCUCGGGUUCCUCCUCCUCGAUCUUGUGGAAGAAGGCGGCUCUGAGUUCUAGCUUCGCUUUCGAUUUUUGAAGCUCACCUCGGUUGUAGCUCCGCCUCGUGGCCGAUCCGAGACUGGUUUUCUAUUAGUUCGGCUUCUUUUCGUGUGAAAAUGGCGUCUCGGCCGGAUCAGGUGCCGGAUAUGCGGCUGUUCGAUGCCUACUUUCUGAGAGCAGAUGUGGAUCGGGAUGGGAGGAUCAGCGGCAAGGAGGCGGUCACUUUCUUUGAGGGAUCCAAUUUGCCGAGACCCGUUUUGGCUCAGAUAUGGAUGUAUGCUGAUCAGAGACAAGCUGGUUUCCUUGGGCGUGAGGAAUUUUACAAUGCUCUGAGGCUUGUAACAGUUGCGCAAAGAGGUAUACCACUUACUCCUGAAACCGUCCAGGCAGCUUUGAAAACCCCUGAUGCAGCUAAAAUUCCUGCACCAAAGAUAAAUACUUUGCCUGGACCUGCGUCUCAGAUGAAUUUUGCUGCCACCAGCUCCCCCUCUCCCCAGAUGAGUGGUGUGGGACCAACUAAUCAAAAUCCUGGUUUAAGGACUCAGCCACCACUUGCACACAUUGGUAUGAGCCAGCAUGCUUUCCCCUCUGGAAACCAUUUAGUGAGGCCACUUCAAACCACACCAGUUGCUAUUUUACCUUCACAUAAGGAAGGUGGUCAAGUUUUGCAGGGCAGCAAUAGCUCAACAGUUUUGCAUCCUCCUGGUUCUGUUACACCAAGCAUUUCUACUGAUUGGUUCAGUGGUCAGAAUAAGGGAGUGAUGGCACAUGGGACUCAACAAGCUUCUUUUGCAAGGGUUCCCCCCUCAGUAAACCAAGAUGGUUUUGGCAUAUCCAAUUUUGGAUCAACUUCCAGAACAGUUUCUAAACCUCAAGCCGCAGCAACAACCUCAAUUUCAUCAAAUCCUAUGGAUUCAAAAGCUUUAGUUUUAAGUGAAAAUGGCUUCUCUUCUGAUUCAAAUUUAGGCGGUGAUGUGUUCUCUGCAACUCAGACAAAGCAAGAAAAGCCUUUGACUAACCUUUCUGCAAAUGUUAUGCUUAACUCUUCCAAUAACGCCCCUGUUAUUUCUGGAUCUCAGAAUUCCAGAAAAGUGCCUGAAGCUGAUAGUUGGCAUAGUAUGGCAUUGGUUCCAUCUGGUGAGAAUCAGUUACAACCAACUCAAUCACAGAUCAAGCAAAAUCAACUAGACAUGAAACAAAGUACUUUAGCAAUGACUCUUUCAAGUGGUCCAGUUGGAAGUGUUAGUUCUACUUCCACUCAGCCUCAGUUUUCAUGGCCAAAAUUUACACAGUCUGAUAUUCAGAGCUAUCUUGCAAUAUUUAUAAAAGUAGACAAGGAUAGAGAUGGUAAAAUUACAGGUGAAGAGGCACGCAAUUUGUUCCUUAGCUGGAGGCUACCAAGAGAGGUCUUAAAACAGAUAUGGGAGUUAUCAGAUCAGGACAAUGAUAGCAUGCUUUCACUAAGGGAGUUCUGCAUUGCCCUCUAUUUGAUGGAGAGACACCGAGAAAAAUGUCCUCUUCCUGUCGCGCUUCCUAAUAGCGUGGCAUCUGAUCAAACUUUGCUACUAGCUACAAAUCAACCUUGGACUGGAUAUGGUUCACCAGUUAGCCAAUCAACUCCUGUACAAGGUAUGGCUAUGCCCCAACCUUCUAUGCCCGCUACUGUAAAGCCACAAAUGCACAAACGGGCACUUCAGUCUGAGGACACAAUUGAGGCUGUGCAACCUAAAUCAAGAGUACCAGUACUGGAAAAAUAUCUGGUCGACCAACUCAGCAAGGAAGAACAAAGUGCACUGAACACCAAAUUUCAGGAGGCCUCCGAUGCAGACCAAAAGGUUCAAGAACUGGAGAAGGAAAUAUUAGAGUCCAGAGAGAAAACUGAAUUUUACCGUUCCAAAAUGCAAGAACUUGUUCUUUACAAAAGUAGGUGCGACAAUCGAUUGAAUGAGGUAACUGAAAGGGCAUCUGCUGACAAACAGGAGGUUGAAUCAUUGACCAAAAGAUAUGAACAAAAAUGCAAGCAAGUUGGAGAUGUAGCUUCAAAGUUAACUAUUGAAGAGGCAACUUUUCGUGAUAUUCAGGAUAAAAAGCUAGAAAUUUACAAUGCAAUAUUGAAAAUUGAACAAGGAGAAACUACAGAAGGUUCACUGCAGGCACGAGCUGAUCAUAUACAGAAAGAUCUUAAGGAGCUUAUUAUAGUUCUUAAUGAACGGUCCAAACAGUAUGGAUUACGUGCUAAGCCAACUACAUUGAUGGAGCUUCCAUUCGGUUGGCAACCUGGUAUACAGGAAGGAGCUGCAGAUUGGGAUGAAGACUGGGACAAAUUUGAAGAAGAUGGCUUUUCUGUCAUAAAAGAGCUUACGAUUGAAGUAAAAAAGGAUAUCCCCACUGGAACACCAAAGCCUCAAGUUCAAAAUGAUGAACUUUCUACUGAGGAGGUGCAAGAAACAUCUUUGAAUGGUGAGGACAAGUCUGUGACAACAAGCUUGAACGCCGAGGGCACAAAUGAGAAGCCUCAUUCUUCUACAACUGUGGAACUGGAGCCAAUGACUGAAAAUGGAUCAACUAAUCUUAAUAGCUCUGAAACCAUAAGUAAAAGUCCUGCAAGUCCUGGACUAAGGACCACAGAAAAUCCUAAAGAUGGUCAGGCUGUACCUGUUAGGCUUGAUGAUUCACCCCGUGCAAAUGAAAAUAGCAGUGAUCAUGAGACUGCUGAAUCAAGUAUUUCAGAGGAUAAGCAUGCUAUUGAGCCUUCAUGGGGUCCAACUUUUGAUCGAAGCGAUGACACUGAUUCUGUCUGGAGCUACAAUCCAAAUGUAAAAAAUUCUGGUCCGAGUUUCGAUCGCAAUGAUGAUGACACUGAUUCUGUCUGGAGCCACAAUCUAAAGGAAAGUGAUCAUCAUACUCAAAGAAAAUACUCUUUUGGGUCUGAUGACUUCGGCUUAUUCCCUCCCAUCAAGACAGAUUCUCCAAGCGGUGCCAGUGUGGUUGGAAAGGAGAAAGGGCCUUUCUUUGAUUCUGUUCCUAGUACACCCAUGUACAACUCUAGCUUUUCUCCGAGGUUCUCUGAGGGCCCAGACGAUCACUCUUUCGAUAGCUUCUCCCAAAAUGAUUACUUCGGCACACAUGAUACCAAUGCCUUUGGUCAACGCCAGAGCUUUGCAAGAUUUGAUUCAUUUAGCAGUACUACCGACUUCAACAGGCCCGACAACCUCGCAAGAUUAGACUCCAUAAACAGCACAAUUGAUCCCAAUAGGGGCGGUAACUUUGCGAGGUUUGACUCGAUACGCAGCACUGCAGACUACGGCGGGGGCUUCUCGUCCUUCGACAGUGUUGACUUGUUUGGCUCAGGACCUUUCAGAUCCUCAGAUAGUCAAAAUAGCCCAAAUAAAGGAACUACAAACUGGGAUGCAUUUUAGCAUUAUACACUGCGCUAGCGUUGGGGAUCUGCUGCUAUCGAACCUUUUGUCCGUCCACCUGUAAAAAAUAACAAUUUUUUUCCUUUUCUUUUUCGGUUGCUUGUUAAUCAUUAUUUGUUGUCUGGUUACCUGUGCGAGAUUGUCUCCAUGAUGUCAUGUCCUCGUGUGGAUGGGUUGCUGUGUGAGAAGAGAAUAAAACUAAUGGUAUUGGUAGGACUCUGGAUUUGGUACAUCAAGGACAAUAUCUGUAUUAAUCUAUCCAACCGUAAGUACAUCCCCGGCUACUCUUCUUUACUGUUGUAA